UUAUGUGGUUAUCGGUAACGAGAUCUUUUUUAGUGUGGUGCUUUGUAUACAUAAAUAUAUUAUUCUCAAUUUAAUUUCACUUAACAUGGACUUCAUAGAUGAUUUUAUAGAGGAAUAUAGAAAAAACCCAUGUCUUUGGAAGGCUGACUGUACAAAUUUUAAGAAUCGUACCAAGCGACAAGAGGCAUAUUUGAAAUUAAUAGAAGUAGCAGCAAAGCAUGGAGAGCACUACAACAUUGAACGGACGAAGCAAAAAAUUAAUAACUUGAGAUGCGCGUUCCGACAACAAUUGAAGAAAAUCGUAGAAUCUAAGAAUAAAGGAGAGAAAGAUGAGCCCUACUGUCCAAAACGCAGAUAUUUUGAAUCUUUAAUGUUUUUAAAAGAUGAGGAAAAUUUGGACAGAAAAUCCAAGCGUUGUGGAGUUAUAGGAUCGUCGAAUGGUGAAGAAAUCGAGUCGAGCACUCUAGAGCAAGAUUGCAUCGUUGAAGGGAUAAUGGAAUCACAUAUAGUUAGAAACAAAUUGACUCAAAAUAUUUGUCCUUCAGAUAGCACAGAAGCGGAUCAGACUACAAAACAACUAACGCAAAAUGAAAUUUUAGAGGAACAGACAAUAGAAGAGAGUUUUACAGAAUACAGUGACGAUGUAUACAAUAAAAUAAAUGAUUUAAUGCCUCCGGAAAGAGGUUUGAAAGAUCAAAAAUCUUAUGAAAGUGAAAAAGAGACGUGUUUCCUGCCAGUAUCAAAUAACUCCCGAAAAAGAUCUUCAUCUACUUCUUCGCAAUUAUCAAAGGAAAUAGAACCUGCCAAUAAAAGAAUGUAUAAAUUGGAGGCAUCCUCAAUAGACUUGGAAAAAAUUUUGUCUCUUGCUUGUAAAAGUCAUAAUAGUAAUAUAGAUGACCAUUUCGCGAAUUUUGGAAAGGUCAUUGCACACAAACUUCGGACGAUGGAUAAUUCUCAAGCUAUUUACGCAGAAAAAAUUAUCACGGAUGUUUUAUUUCACGGGCAAAUGAAAAUGUUAACUGUAUCAAGCAUAAAACAAUUUUUGAAUGUUAAUUUCCCAGAUUUGUGCGAAUCUGUCCGAUGUAAUAAAUAAACUUGUUAAGUGUUUGGCCUUGAUAGAGCAAAUAAAAUUCAAAGUAUUUAUUGUAUAUAUAAA